UUGGGGGGGGAGGGGGGAGAGAGAGAGAGAGAGAGAGAGAGAGAGAGAGAGAGAGAGAGAGAGAGAGAGAGAGAGAGAGAGAGAGAGAGAGAUGGUGGCAGGAAGCAAGCCCAAAGCAAAGGGUGGUAGCUCCAAUGGGGGGACCUCCACAGGACGAGGGGCAUCUGAGAAACCUGGCGGUAAUGCAUCGGCGUCAGGAAAACCUCUGGCAACCAAGCAGAAAUCUAUUUCCUCGUUUUUCGGGGGAAGUUCCGGAGAAGCUAGUGCAGCCGUUGGCAGUAAACCGAAACAAAGGUCUAUCGCGUCUUUUUUCGGAGGAAAUUCUGGGGCAAAAAGUCCGGCAUUGUCUCCCAAAGCAGCAGCUAAGAGUGGAGCUGGUGAGCUUGGGGAGAGCAGAGGCUCAGAAGGGGCUGGCAAUCCUGCUGCUGAUACUGCUCUGCCCUCUCCUCAGGAGCCAAGCUCUGUGGAACAUCCCACUGCAGCAGCGGUCACUGGGUCCCCUCCUUCUAACAAGGGCGGUGGUGCUGUUGAUGCUAGCCCUUCUUUGAAGGGUAAGAAGGCUGGUGGUGUUUGCAAUAAUCAAGAUGGAAGCAGGGAGGACAAGCAGGGAGCCGCACCUCAUGCCGGAGGUGGUGGGGAAGGGAGCGCUGCUGGAGAAGACGGAGAUAAGGAGAGUACGAAGCGUGUUGCUAGGAAGGAGCGAGAUCUAGCACUGAAAGACAGUGCAUCUCAGAAGGACCAUGCUGCAGGGCGCAAACGGCAAUCGAAUGCGGAUGACAAAGACAAGGACUCUGCGGAGGUUCCUGUCCCAGCUGGUAAGUUACAGAGAGAGGGGGACGAGGACAAGGUAGAGGACAAAGAAUCCCUAUCUACUAAGAGUGCAGUGGGCCGUCGUCGAAAGAGAGUGGUGGGCCUUGUCGGUGAAGGCGAGGAGGAGAGGAGGGAUGGUUCUGAUGGCACAACUCUUGCUGCUGGAGAACCGAUGGACAUGACUCCUGAUGGUGAUGUGGGUGAGGCUGGUCAUCAUACUGUGAAUGAUAAUGCUGCAACAACACCAAUUGGCGAGAGAAAUGAAAAACCACCGAGUCCAGAUGGAACGACCUCGGCUCAGAAAAAAAGGCGUCGCCUGCGCAAGGUGGGGGAUAUGACGAAUGGCUCAUCCGAGAACAAUUCUGCAUUGAGGAGGCAUGAACUAACAGACGACGCAGAUGUGCGUGACGAUGCUAAGGCAAGAGCGGUAAGUGGAGAUGAAGGUGGUGUUCAGAUCCGAACAUCACCAGAUGAAUCAUCCGAGGGGGAUGCUGCUGUGCAGCAAUCAGCAGCUGCACAUCGCUCACCCAAGCUGCAUGCUGGUUCUGACGUAAGGUCCUUCUUUCUUAGAGGAGCUGGUAAAUUAGGGGGGCAAGGAGCCUGCAUCAAUGCGAAGGAUGAUGCAUUGUCGGCGAAGGAGAGAACAGGAAAGGAGGGGAGAUGUGGAGGGGCCUCUAGCCAUGGGAAAGAAACAAGGGUGGGUGCAGCAAAUGCCGAGGAAAAGGAGGGGGAUGCAUCCAAGGGAAAAGGUGAUUCCAAGGUGAAAGGUAGGGGGACAGGGAGAUCAGAGGCAGAGGGAGGGAAAAGGGAAAGCAAAAGUGGCAGGGGAGGUGGGGAGUCGGAGCAGCCAGAAGAGAAGCGGGAUGCUGCAAGUGACAAUGAUGACACCAAAGUGCAAGGGGAGGUUGAGGACAAGGAUGCAGCAACGGGAGGUAAGGUGUCAGCGAAUCGGGUUCCAAGUGAUGGUGGAAAAGGGAAACAGAAAAAGGGUGGAGGCCAGACAAAAGGUAAGUUGGGAGCCUCUGCUUCUGCAGCAGGAAACGGCUCAGCAACAUGCCAAGAGCCGAAAACUGUGACGUGGCAGCCUGGGGAAAGGGUCCCAUACUUGUUUUUGGCAGAAGCGCUACACAGGGUGUCUAAGGAAAGCUCAAGGCUAGCCAUGACGGAGAUUAUGUGCAAUGUGUUCAGGACAGUCAUGCAGACAACUCCAGAGGAUUUGCUGCCUGUCGUUUACUUGUCAGUAAAUAAGGUGGCAUCUCCUCAUGAAGGUAUAGAGCUUGGAAUUGGCGAGGCAACGCUGACGAAAGCGCUUGCUGAGGCGACAGGCAGGAAGGAGUCGCAGAUUAAGCACGAGUGCAAGGAGACGGGAGAUCUCGGACUUGUUGCACAGCACAGCCGUACCACUCAACGCACGAUGUUUGCCCCGCAACCCCUGACAUGCGUCAAGGUGCUCGAGGCGUUCCUGUUUAUUGCCAAGGAGACAGGACCAUCCAGUCAAGACAAGAAGAGGGGAAGGAUAAAGUCCCUUCUUGUCUCGGCAAGGGACUGUGAACCACAGUUUAUCAUCCGCUCGUUGCAGGGGAAAAUGCGAAUAGGACUGGCAGAACAGACGGUACUGGUGGCGCUGGCCCAGGCUGCUGUUCUCGAGCACAAGCCUCCCUUUCCGCAGUCAGAGCUGGCUGCAAAACUUGAUGAGGCUGUCAAGAUCAUCAAGAAGGUUCAUUCGGAGCUUCCAUGUUACGAUAAAAUUGUCCCCACUAUCCUUGACGGUGGCAUAAUGAGGCUUCCUGAGGUGUGCCACUUCACGCUUGGAGUGCCAGUUGGGCCCAUGCUUGCAAAACCAACAAAUGGUGUGUCUGAAAUCCUGGACAAGUUUCAGGAGAUCAUCUUCACCUCUGAGUACAAGUACGAUGGCGAGCGUGCCCAGAUACAUUGCAUGGAAGAUGGGACCAUUGAGAUCUACAGCAGGAAUGCGGAGCGCAAUACGGGGAAGUUCCCGGACCUUGUCACUUCGAUGAAGAAGUAUACGAAACCAGAGACCAAGUCGUAUGUCAUCGACUGUGAAGCGGUCGGUUAUGAUCGUGAGACACACAAGAUCUUGCCGUUUCAAAUUCUUAGUACGCGCGCACGGAAGGGAGUGAUCAUGGGCGACAUCAAAGUGCAAGUAUGCCUUUUCGCUUUUGAUAUCUUGUACUACAAUGGAAAACCACUUCUUCGGGAACAGCUGAAGACAAGGCGAGAAGUCCUGUAUGAUGCGUUCACAGAAGUGAAGGGUGAGUUUCAGUUUGCCACUGCGCUCAACUCGAGAGACAUAGAGGAAAUUCAGACCUUUCUUCAAGAUGCUGUGAACAGUAGUUGCGAGGGCCUGAUCGUGAAGACUUUGGACACUGAUGCAACUUAUGAGCCAGCCAAAAGAUCAAACAAUUGGUUGAAGCUAAAGAAAGAUUACAUGGACAAUAUCGGGGACUCUGUCGAUCUGGUACCAAUUGGAGCAUUCUACGGGAGGGGGAAACGGGCUGGCGUCUAUGGAGCUUUUCUGCUUGCAUGUUAUGAUGACGACAACGAAGAGUACCAGAGCAUCUGCAAGAUUGGGACCGGCUUUUCUGAAGCCAUGUUGGAGGAGCGCUCAACUGCCUUGAAGGAGAAGGUGGUACCAAAACCGCGACCAUACUAUCGAUAUGGCGAGUCUUUGGGCGCCGAUGUCUGGUUUGAUCCCUGUGAAGUGUGGGAGGUCAAGGCUGCUGACUUGUCAAUAAGUCCUGUCCACCGUGCUGCUGUUGGACAUGUGGACCAAUCAAAGGGCAUUGCACUCCGGUUUCCGAGGUUCUUGCGGGUGCGAACAGACAAGCAGCCAGAGGAGGCAACCACGGCGGCACAGAUUGCAGAGCUGUAUCGUUCUCAGGCGAAUCGACAGCAUGAGAAUGGACCGGGCAGGCAGGAUGACGAUGAAUGAGUCCGUACUGUGCAAUCUAGAGAAGACACUGAUCCACCGGUUCUGCUUCUGUAUGUUCCACGACCUGGUGCGGGGCACACACGAGUUUUCCCUCCAACCCUGCUGUAUGUCUUCUUGCUAUCGAGGUUUCCGGUCAUUCUCUCGUCUCGCAUGUGCAAUUCUAGAUUCAUGGUUCCCCUAGUUUGAGUGCCAGCUGUAGAGAAGGGUGGAUGCCAGAAGAUGGAGUCAGUUAUGUAUGCUUUCUUAUCUGGCUCUGUAUAGAAUAAGUCUGAAUAACUUGUUGAUGGAGAGAGAGCAGCAAUUAUUGGUUUUGUGCAAGAGGAGCCUCUGGUCCCUCUACAUGUAAAAAAAGCCCCCUUGAAGAGCUGUUGGUCUCCUUGCUGUGCUUGAACUCUGUGUUUGUACCUUACCUUAAUAAAACACAGGUAUUGUG